AUGCUGCUAUUCACGGUCGCGAAGACGUUGGGUGGACGGAGUAACGAUUGGUCGUCGGGCAAAGUGGGCAGCGCGCAGUUUUCGUCUACUGCAAGGCGAGAUGGGCUCGGAAAAGGGACAGAAACUGUGGUCAUAGAGAGAGCGGGCGGCCAUGGGGGGAAACGUGUUGGCCUCCAAUGUCCCGACGACCCCCUGUCACAAAAAAAGGACCCUUACCUUGACUCUGCGUCGUCGGCAAAGUCUGAGCAGGUACUGGGUUUCUGCCCAAGACGUUGCGAUCUUCGUCCUGAACAUCUGGCAUUGCUGGUUUUAAUGUACUCGUUCGAGCUAUUCGCUUUGAUAUCGAGUACCAAGGACAUGCACAGGGUCACGAUGCUGCCACCAUUGGAUCCUACCGUUCUACAACGGAAUCCAAACUUUGAAGUUCUGUACAACGACCUAUGCACUCGGAAAUUGAACCCAGAUGGAUCAACACGCGACACGAGGAAGCAAAGAAGCCUUACAGCAGCCCGCACAAACUUCCUCUCGUCCCAAAUUCUGCUAGCUUCAUUAUCCACCUUACCAUCACACAACACCAAUCUCCCACCAGAAUUUCACUCUGCCGUCGAAACAGUAUUAGCCCAACUCUCUGGCCAAUUGCCAGACUCGGACCGUGAGAUGCUCGCAGACGACACGGCCUUCUUCCUCUCCAACAUCGCCACCAUUUCUGACGCUCUAUCCACCCAGCUUGCCGUCUCAACAAAUUAUCUCUGUACCAUUGCCAAUCCCGCCAACCCUCCGGCAUUGGACGAACUGAACAACACAGCAACAUGUCUACAAGACACCGCAACACGCUCCCUCCCUUUAUCCAUCCACCUCGCCCGUCAAGAACUCACCGACACCGCCUCCAAACUGCUCUCCACGCACCUCUCCCUCCUCAGCGCCAGUAUUCGCAUCCUUGAACAAACACAACACGGGGCCCUCGCUCGCCACACACGCACAUCUGCCGAACUCCUCCACAGCCGUGCCACGCUCCUCGGCCUCGAGGCAAAAUCCCACAUGCUGGCGCAUCCGCCGCCUGCCGAGUUUGUAGCGGCGCUCAAGGAGUUCAAGAAGGUGCAGGGUAGUGGGGAACGCAGUUUGAGAGAUCGAGAGCAGUUGGCGAGGAGGGGUUUGGAGUUGUAUGCGAAGGCUGGGGAGAAGGGGAUGAGGGAUUUGGCAAGGCGGAAGGUGUGGGUUGAGGGAGAGAUUGAGAGGGUGGAAGGAGAGGUGCGGAGUUUGGAGGAGGGGAGGGGGAUGGCUGGAUGA